UUUACCAUAUACCUAUGUUGAUUGACAUUAACUAUAUUACUCUCCUUUCAUUCUUUAAGUCUCAUAUCAGCUGUUCUGUUAUUUUGCUUGGGAUCAAUGUCAGGCUGAUGGGUUUAUAAUUACCCACGUCAUCCCAUUUACUCCUUUGAAGAACGACAUUAGCUUUCUUCCUGUCCUAUGGAACGUCUCCAUUUGUUCCAACACCUUUUGAAAAUUAACGUUAAAAGCAGAGGUCCAGAUUCACAAAGGUACUUGGGCACCCAACCUCCAGACUGAGUUGCCUAAAUCGUGUUUUUAGGCACCACUGUGAUCUGCAGAACUCCCACUCAGCUGCCGCUUAAUCCUGUAGGCAGCUAACCUCAUUAAGCACCUUUGUUUUUGCAGGAAGACUUCCCUUGGUGCCUAUGUUUCUGCCUCUGGGCACGUGCAUCACGCGAGGUACCCAGACACCUAUCUCCUGCCUAAGCCUCAGUGCGAUUCACAACCUGAGGGAGGGUAGGUGGCAGAGCGCUGAAAUCUCCUAGGGGGCCAGAUCAGGUAGAUGUGCUUAGAAGUUGCCUAGAUCUACAUAAAACGGCCUUGAGAGAGCGAGGGGGAAGGCAGAUCUCCUUUAAUAAGAGGUGGGAGACCACCCAUUCAAGUCCCUGCUCUGGUUCCUGAGGGAUUUGAACAGGGAUCUGCUAUCUCCAGUUGAGUGCUCUUAACCACUGAGCUAUGCAAUGUUCUAUUGUGGAUCAUGCUCAGUCUUGCCUGUUGAAGUUGUUCCAUUUUAAUUAAAUAUUUAUUGGCACUCACCUGAGAGGUAGCAAAAUCCCUUCUCAUCAGGCAGAGUGGGGAACUGAACCAGAAUCUUCCACACCCUGGGUAAAUGUCAUAAUCACCGGGCUAAAGAUUAUAGGGGAGGGCCUGCCCCCCACCUGUUUUAUGUAAUCUAGGCAGUCUCUGAGCAUGUCUACUAGAUCAGGUCCUGCACGCAAUUUAGGCGAAGGAAUAACUUUCUUCCCUUGGUUCGUGAAUCACUAGCAGAAGUAAGUGACCCCCUGCAGCCUGGAUUUAGAUGCCAAGCUUUGUGAGAAGUUUGAGACGCAUCUCCCUCAUUGGCAUCUCCCACUGGCUGGCUUAGGCAGCUGCCCACCUAGGGCACUGGCUUUUGUGGAUUCCAUUCUAAAGUGCCUAUUGCACAGGGAGCUCAGGCAUGUAAUUCAGACUUUGUGGAUCCCAGUGUUAUUCUUUUGAUUUGCCAGGUGCCUAAAAGUUAGGUGUUGCAACACUCGGUGUCACGCUGCCUAAGCCCUCAGAUUCUGUGGUGGCCAAUUCCUUUGUUUGUUGAACCUGGGGUAGCAAUGCUUCCUGAAUCUGGUUGUCCAAGAACUCCUCUGAAGAAUCUGUACCAGCAUAGCCACCAACUAGCUCUUCAUCCAGAGGAAGUCCCUUCUGGCUUCCACCGGGUCAGAAAACAUGGCACAUCUGUGGCAGAUCUGAACCACGGUGCCAUCUCUGGCAAUCACGAUAAUGAAUGUAGAAUUGUAUGUAGGAAGAAAGCCUCUCACACUUCCUCUCUAAGCUGCCUUCAAAAUGUCCGUUUGCCUCUCCAGUUCAUCUGGCAAAUGACAAGUUAAAAUAAUAAUAAUAAAUUUUUUUUUUAAUUUACCUUCUGAUUUCUGGAGAAGUGGUGGGGGAGGGGAAGAGCUGCCUGGCCCCAGCAUGUAUGUGGGAGGUGAUAUGUGUGUGUGUGUGUACACACGUAUCACAUCACAGUGACAAAACUCCACCUGCAACAGUGCACAUGGAAAAAUGCUGCCUCACCCACUGACUCUCCCCUACCACUGGGAUGGGAGAGAUGCCCUUCAGCCCUUCUCCACCCACCUCCCUUAUCACUAUUUUCUCUCCUCUCUUCCCCAGCCAGUCUCCUGCCCACCCCACCACAGCUCCCCAGAGUCUCCUCUCCCCACCUGUCCUCUUAUUCACCUGUCUUUUCCUGUCCAGUCUGCUACCUCUCACAGCUGCUAUCUCGCAUGCCCCUGAAUGCCCAAAUCCCUGGCACCUCAUCAGCCUCUCUCCAGCUCCCACCCAUCCCCCUGUGCCUUUUCAGCCUCCCUAUAGCUCCCCAUAUUUCCGUGUAUCCUCAGUUUCCCAUCCACUCUCCUAACCCCAGAGCUGCAGCCAUAAUCCUUGAGGACCGGGCUUCAGUCUCAUUGACUGGGAGCCGGGGGCCAUCUUUACUGGGGCAGCCUCACUUCCACAUGGCCACUAUUUCCCUGAAAUUUUGGCAUUUUGAAUAAGGGCAGUGUGAGUCCAGCCCCCUUGAAAGUCAUGGAAAGAUGACAGCCAUGUGGAGCAAGGGGAAAAUGUGCGAGUUCUGUGCCAGGAAUUGUGAGAAACUUCUAAAAAUCUCAACUAAAUAUCAUGAGACUCAUGAUAAAAUUACCAGAGUUGGCAUCUCUGGGCAUCACAUUUUCCCCACAGAAACAGUGCGUUUUUAAUGAAAGCUUUGAGAAAUUUCCCUUUCCACAGGGAAAGUUCCCUUUUGUCUCUGGGAAGGGGGAUUUUGAAGUCCUGCCUGUGACUGAGCUGGUGGGACUGUGACGGGAGCAGCAGGUUCUGAGGGAGGGACUCUGGCUGUUUCAGGGGUCGGUGACCUUCAAGGAGGUGGUUGUGUAUUUCGCAGAGGAGAAGUGGGCUGUGCUGGACCCCCAUCAGAGAGCCCUCUACAGGGACGUCAUGCAGGAGAACUAUGAGAAUGUGACCUUGUUGGCAGGUGAUGGGACAGGGAAUGAGAACAAAGUGGGGAAUCCUCCUCAGGAAGGUCCUGAGCAAGUGCAACAGCACAGAGUGUUAGCAGAGAAUAUUUCCCACAGUUCUGAGCAAGGAGACACCUGUGACAGUCAGCACAGGGCAGAAAUGCAGCAGGGAACCCACCCAGGGAACAGACAGGAUAAAUCCACUCACCAGGGGGGCAGUUUGAAAGACCUUAAUAAAGAUGUCAUGCAGCAGAGAAUCUGCACCAAAGAUAAACUGUAUCAAUGUGCUGAGUGUGACAGAAGCUUCAAGCGGAGUUCAAACCUUCUUGUCCAUCAGAGAGUCCACACAGGAGAGAAACCCUAUAACUGCCCCAAGUGUGGGAAAAGCUUCAGUGACGGCUCAGCCCUGACUAAACAUCAGAGGAUCCACACUGGAGAGACACCCUAUGUCUGCUCUGACUGUGGAGAAAGCUUCAAUCAGAGAUCAAACCUUACUGUACAUCAGAGAGUCCACACGGGAGAGAGACCCUAUAGCUGCCCUGACUGCGGGAAACGGUUCACUCACUUCUCAAACCUUGUUAAACAUCAGACAAUCCAUGAGGGAGAAAAACCCCAUAAGUGCCCCAACUGUGGGAAACAUUUCAGGUGGAGCUCGCAACUUAUUAAACACCUUGUUUCACACCAGAGAGCCCAUAGGGGAGAGAAACCCUAUUGCUGCUCUGACUGUGGGAAAUGCUUCAGUUAUAGCUCACACCUUAAUAGACAUCAAAUUAUUCAUACUGGAGAAAGACCCUAUAAAUGCCCUGACUGCGGGAAAAGCUUCAAGCUGAGCUCCAUCCUUCUUGUACAUCAGAGAAUCCACACAGGGGAAAGGCCUUAUCACUGCCUUGAGUGUGGGAAAAGCUUCUGUGACAACUCAGGCCUUAUUAGACAUCGGAGAAUCCAUACCGGGGAAACACCCUUUCAAUGUUCUGUCUGUGGGAAAAGUUUCACUCGGAAAUCGCAUCUUAUUUCACAUCAGAGAACCCACACGGGAGAGACACCCUAUAAAUGUUCCAUCUGUGGGAAAAGCUACAAGGCGAAGGUCUCUCUAAUGUCCCACCAGAAACUCCACACAGGAUAGCAUGUGGCACGAGCUCUCCCUGUGAGGCAACGGGUCUCUGCCCUUCCAAAGCAAAGUAUAAAUAUGCAGCAUUUGCAAAUGGUCUCGGUUGGACCAGCAGGUGGGUGGAUGGUUUGGGUUUCAGUGGGGAGUGUUGGUGGAGGCCAGAGAAGGAGAGAACACUGGAUAUGGUGGGAGAUGGGUCAUUUCAGGGUCUGGCGACAGCAGGCAAUGGAAUUAGUGGGGAGACAUUUCUGCAGGUUCCCCACACACUUUCCAAUGUAGAAAAAAAGUAAAAAUGCCACAUUGCAGUUUGCAUCUGAGUUGUCUCUGUAGCUCCUAAGGCCUCUUGGGGCAGUGGCAUGGGGAUUUAUUCAGGGAAGCAGCAAGGGGCCCCGUGAGGCCAUAGUGAUAAAGCAGAGAGUUACCAAUCUGCAGUGACAGGAUAUCAGAGCAAUUCACCGUUUAUUGGAAUUCUCUUGUAAUGCGGCACAGACUCACCACCGCUGCGUCUCCUGCUGGCUUGCUCUGGGAAUUAGCUCAUUCAGCUAUGGAACGCCCUCUGCAGGUGGUGUCUUGCCCGUUGUCUGCUCAGCUGUGUUGUCUCCACCACUGGGACACGUGUCGUUCUCUAGACUGCGGUGUCCUCUUCAGGACACUGCCCUCCAGCAGUGCCCACUACUCCAUUCUCCCCCUUUCCGGGGGCAUAUCAGCAGUCCUAGUCCACAGCUGCCUUCAUGGCCACCUGCCACACCAAAGUCUAGUCCCUUACCUCAGGGACAGGGUGCAGUCCAUGGCCCACACUCCCUGAUGGCAAGGUGCGGUGCUCUGGGCCCCAGCCCAGGGACCCUUGAGUGGCAGCCGCUUGCUGCCUUCAUCCACUCCCUGUCACUGCCUGCCUUCCCUGGGCCACUUCCCCAUAGCCCUAGCACUCACUAAGCUCUUGUUUCAAGGCCUGCAGUCUGGCAGGGUCAGCCAGAACUGCCUCGCCCUGCCCUGCCCUGCCCUGCCCUGCCCCACCCCACCCCACCCCACCCCUCUUCUCCUUCUCCUUCUCCUUCUUCACUAGUCAGGGGAGACUCCUCUUUCCUCUGUGCUGCAACCUUUAUAUAGGGCUCAGCCUGGUCCUAGUUGGCUGCCCACAGGCCCUUUCUGAUUGGCUGCCCAUUUGUGCAGCCUCUCUGGCCUACUUUAACCCAUUUUCUUCUGGAGUGGGGCCGCCACCCCACUACACCUCUGGAGACAGUGUGGGGGAAAUUUGGGAAUUCAUGGUGGAGAUUCCCCAGUGAGGUGGGGUUUUGCUCUGUUCCUAUGAGGGCAGUAUGGUAUAAUAGGGAGAGCAAGGGGAAUUGGGACACAGGGGCUCCGAGAGGGGAGUGAGGUCUAAUUGGUUAGAGCAGGGACGACUGUGAGCCCUGACUCCUGGGUUCAAUAACCAACUCUGCGUCUCCCGGUGUGAUCUUGUACCAGUCACUUCCCCUCCUCUCUGUGCAUCUAUUCUUUCCUCCCUACAACCCACGUAAUAGCAGUCACUCACCUCCCUGUGGAGUGAUGAGAUUAUCACUAGUUAUGAGAUUGUGUAUUCAGUGGCUCAGGAGAAAAGAAGCACCAUGGGAGGAAAGUUGCAUUAUUACCAUUACUGUAUUGUAUUAUUAUGUGAUGUUCUCCCAUUGCUUGCUGGGUCUCUGUCAGAGGGAGUGUGUUACUGAGCUGAAGGGAAGGGUUUUAGCUAGGUUCCCUUGUCGUUGUUCUUAGGCACAGGCUGUUACACACUCAGAUUAUUCCUGAAACAACUGCCCCGGCCGGGAGUUUCUCCUUGUUUCAGGAUGGUUGGGGAGGGGAGAGGGUCUUGUGUUUCAGGGCAUUCAGCUUUCAGGUUAACCUGCAUUUCUCAGUGAAGUUUUUACCUCAGUGGGUUUUUGAUUUUCCAAAUAAAUUCCUGGUCAAAUGUU